AUGGUCAGCAUUGUGUCAUCAAGUCUAGCUAGAAAACUUGCUGAAUUUGCAGGAAAUCGUGCAGAGGCAAGAUACAACGGUGCACACAAAACAACUCGAAGUCUUGUUGAACGGACGAUUGGGCAGUGGAAACGUCGUUUUCACUGCCUUCAUGGUGAAAUAAGGCUGUCCCCAGAAAGAACGUGCAGAGUGAUUGCUGCAUGUGCUGUGCUGCACAACAUUGCAAAGCAACGAGGCCUUCCAGACAUUGAAGAGGAUCACAUGAACAACCCUCCACAUCCACAGCCAGAACAACCAGUGCACCACGAUGAUGGCAACCUAGUCAGGAACCACGUAGUUCACACCUAUUUCCAGCACCAUCGAUAAUCUACACGCUGACGAUGAUGGUCCAAAUGUGACUGGCAACUCAGUAUAAGUGCUGAAGGAAAAAAAAAAUAAUAAUUUGAGUAAUACGUAAUAAGCUUUAACUAGUAAUAACU